AUGUUAUUGACGAUAUUGAGUUUUGUUACUCUAUUACUGUUAUUAUUUUUGAUUAUUGGAUGGUAUAAUAAUAACUAUUGGAAGAAACGCGGUGUUGUUUUCUACAAUGGAAACGUAUUGAAUUCAAUACUUUAUGAUUUUUUUACUGGCAAGAAACCAUUUUUCAUACACCUCCAUGACAUCUAUAAGAAGUAUCCAAACGACCCGGCCGUUGCGGUUGGACUAUUCUCUAUACCAGUUCUAUACGUGAAAGACCCCACCAAUAUCCAGUACAUAUUAUCAUCAGAAUUCAACUCGUUCAAUCACAGAGGUAUUGAAACAAAUGAAAGUGAUGUUUUGGCGAAAAAUACAUUAUUUCAAAAUGGCAAAAUAUGGAAGCUUUUACGAGAAAACAUGACGCCUCUUUUUACUUCAUCUAAAUUAAAAAACAUGUUUUAUAUUAUGGAUAAAAGUGCACAAGAUUUCGUGAAAUACUUAAAGAAUGACAGGGAACUAAGACAAUAUAACACUUAUCAGAAAAUAUCGAUGUUUUGCUGUGCAGCUAUCUGUGGAACAGUAUUCGGUAUUGGUACUGAUUCAAUUUUUGAUUUACCGUUUUUAAAGAUCGCACAGAAAAGUUUAAAGUCAACUCUGAAAAUCAAUAUGCGUUUUGCAUUAUCCACUUUAUCGAAAACUUUAUUCAAUAAAUUUAAAAUACACUUCUUUAAAGAAUAUGAAGAAUUUUUUAUUGAAGCCAUUAAACAGGUCAUACAUCAACGUGAACAAGACAAUAUAAAAAAACAUGAUUUCGUUGAUAUUUGGUUAGCAUUACAUAAAAGUGGAAAACUUAAGGACCCAGACAAUGGUUUCGAAUUAGAAACUACAAAUGAAUUACUUGCCGCCCAAGCAUUUUCGUUCUUUUUAGCCGGAGUAGAACCGACUGCCACAGCUAUGUUCGCUACUUUAUUUGAAUUAGCUAAACACCCAGAUAUACAACAAAAUAUUCACGCAGAAAUUGAUAGUGUUUUUGAAAACCAUAAUGGUUCAUUAACAUAUGAAAUUAUUUCUGAAAUGGUAUACUUAGACAUGGCUAUAAAAGAAGCUAUGAGAUUACAUCCAUCUAUUGCUACAUUAUCAAGAAGAUGUGUUCAAAAUACUGUGUUACCGACUGGAAAUAUAGUUGUAGAAAAAGGUACAAAGAUAUUUAUACCGGUAUACGAACUUCAUCACGAUGAGAAAUACUUUCCCGAUCCAGAAUCAUAUAAGCCUGAAAGAUUCUUAAGAGAAAACAAACAUGAAAUCUUAGAAUUUACUUAUCUGCCUUUUGGUAAAGGAAACCGAACUUGUAUUGGUAUGCAAUACGCAAAUAUGCAAAUAAAAACUGGCUUAGUUCACAUGUUACGACAUUUUACUGUCCACACUGAUAUCCAUCAAGGAAAACAUAAAUAUUUGAAACACCUAAUUCAAUUAAGAUUGGAUCAUAUAGACAUAAAAUUUUUAAGAAGAUAA